AUGAUUGGUUUUCUUGCGACACUGUUAAUAUUGGGAGGAGGUUGGUGUGUAGACACACAUCGUCACAGUAAUGAAAAUGGACAGAAUCCAUAUGUACAAUCGAGAGUAGAUUUCUUGCGAGCGAGUCUAACGCUUCAAGAAUUAGUUCCCCAUGAUGAAAAUAAUCUGACUAAUCCGGCUACCCGUGAGCAUCUCUCGGCAGGAGUUCUGUCAGCAGUGACUAUGACUGUAGGAAAAUAUGCGUCAUACUUUUGUUCUCAAUACGAUCCUCUCUCAGUACUACAAGAUGUGUGGCCAUCUGUAUGGACCAAUUACAAUGGAGUAGCAGCUGAUCCGCUAAAUAAAAAACUGGCUGAGAUUGAUAAACAAGUACAGAAUAUAACUGCUAUCAUUGACGGGCAAUGCUAUUUAAUCAGUGUUGAAGCAUGCAAUGAGCAAGUGGAGAGAAUCGUUCAAGAAGAUGAUUCAUUAUUACACGAAGCCAGACUGUUACUAGCUGUGGGAAAAGUAGCACGUACCCUCAACCUUCACGAAAAAGAAAUACGUGAAGUUGUUUCAGAAUAUAAAGACGCGCCUUACUUGAUAAAGCUUAUGCAGGCGAUGUAUAUCCUGAUUCAGUUUUUACUUACGUGGUCGGUUGUGAAGUCGGAUCCACUAAAUCUUCCAAAUGACUUGGACAGCGUUCCACCUCCUUACCUUCAAUCAAAGUAUGAAUUUGCAAAAGCUGCGACUUACCUUCAGCAACAACUGCCUUUUUAUAACUUAAGCGAGCAGAAUAAAGAAUUUGGAGUCAUUGUGAGAAUAAUCAGUGAAUUGGCGUACGGAAUCCGACCUCAAAAUCCGCCACAGAGAUACAUGCCUUAUAAAAUAUUAGACGAUUAUCUUCCCAAAGCGUGGACAGAAUACAAGUUUAUUGACAAUAAAACAAGAGAAUUUGUGUUAGACGCAGAGAGUAAAAUAAUGCCGAUGACAAGUACGCUCGAUACGAAAUGCAAAGCCAUGAGGGAUAUUGACGUUUGCAACAAAAUGGCGGCAAAUAUUAUCAAAAGAAAGGUUUAUUUGCAGCCUCACGCAAACUUACUACUUCAACUUGGUCGGGUUUCAAAAAAUUUCAACGCAUUUUCUAAUACAUUAGACGUUCUGUCACUUGAAAGGCAACAGAUACCAUUUCUGAAACAUCACUUAGAAGACUCUCAUAUACGACACUACAUCAAGGAACUGUACAAAACAUACAGUCUAAUUAAAAGUAUUUAG